GUACACUAAUUACACGCGCACGAGCUCGUCUACAGCUGGGGGCAGGGCCGAGAUCCAUUCAGUUACACGAACGCAAAAUGGAGUGGAAAGGCAUAUUUGUAUUAUUUUUCUUUCUUAUUAUUCGUCUUCAGUCAGUAAGAUGUGAAGAAGCGCCGAAGGUACUAACGGAAACAUUCGAUGUCAGACCUGGAGGGGAAUCUCAUAAAGUAGAAAAGGCCCUUGGAUCAUUCAAGUGUAAAUUUGUAUACGUAGCUCAAGGAGGAACAAAUGAGGAAUGGGACAUCAUUCUUUCAAAGGAUGAAUUUGGUGCUUACUCCUGUACCGUCGUGAGACCUGGAGGAACAUCUUACAUCUUUUUUCAGCAAUUCAAGAUGAAGAUUGCUGGAGCAAGAAUUACAUCAGUCAGAGCAGCGGGUAGUCAAGAUGUACCUCUAGAGCCUGAUGAGUAUGUUGUCAGCAAACAUCACAACGAAGUUCGCAGCAAAAAGGAUGUAUUCAAAUCAAUUCUCAGGGAGCUUACGGUGCAUGCAGAACCAAAAAGUGAAUUGUAACUGUGGUAAUCUCUUUAACAUGUUGCUUUACAAAGCCUAUAGGUUAAAUAUUUCAUGAAGAAAGAAAAAUCCUCUUAGAAUUUUUUCCUUAGUUUUAGUUUUAUUUCCAGAUCCACCACCUUACUUUUUUUUAAUCUCUCCAUUUUUAAAAAUAUUUUUUAUUAGAAUCCUGCCCAUGUAGGAAACCAGAGAAAUAGAUAUAUGAAAGGUCAAAUAGAACCUGAUAAACAAUUACAAAGUUAUUACUUUUGAAAAAAAAAAGUUAUUACUUUUGAAAAGUUGUAAAAAACAAGGUUGUUCUCACCGUAUUAUGGAGAUUUAAAAUCAGCUGCAUUUAUAAUAAAAUUGCAAUUUUCGGUAUGGUCUACUGACUCUACUCCUAACUUUUCUAUUGUACACAAAAUUGCCAAAUCUCAUCAUUUUCUGAAUAUUUUCUAGAGUAUGAGUGGGCUUACAGAAUUUCUUCUUUUGUGUUCCUUUUACCCAAAGGAAAUUGCGAUAUUUUAGAAUUGGUCCUGAGAAAAAUGUAU